GGAAAAUUAGAAGCAAAUCAACUUCACACAUAUAUCCUAAUAUUUUGCUGGAUAGAACUCAGAUGCAUUGUUUCUUGUGGCUAUGGUGGGAGUCACAGUAGGAGCAAUGAAAGGACAGACAACAGAAACUGGGUUUUUCCGGGUUGCUGGAAUAGGAGCUGUGGCAGGGGCCAUCGCAGCAGUUCAAUUGCUGGAAAGCCUGGAAUCAAUGGCUGAUGGGGAGUCCUUGUCCAAGCUUGCAGUACUACUGGGUAGCUUAGUAAGUGGGAAGAUUUCCAUGGAAUGGGUAAGUUCUGCUGUGCUUAAAGCCUAUCAAUAUCAAGUACUGUAGAUAUAAUUAUGUAAUAAUGUCGAAAAAGUGUUUUUGCGGUCUGAAGUAUGCCGGACUACAAAACAUGAAUUCUUGGAUGAGGAACAAGCCCCAGAUAUUGGAGGCCCUCCCCAUCUAACUGUCUCUAUUUUGUGAUCCAGUACAAUCUAAACUACAAAACAGCAUACUGUAAUAAUAUAUGUACUAUGUAAAUUUUCAGCAGGCAAUUAAGCAGCAGCUUAGUU